CUCUCUGUCUCUUUCUCUCUCUCGCUAUCUCUCUCAAACCACACACCGCAGGGAAAAUCUCCAGUAUCUCCUCUCCCUAUCAUCCAAAGGAAAAGAAACCCUAAACCUGACAAUCUCCUUCCAUCUUCAAAUGACGGAAUCAGAUGCAGCUCCAGCUCUAUCUCCUCCAUCCAUCUCUCCUUUCUCAUCUGGUUUGAACAAACCGAGGUCAGAAUUGCUUACCAGAAUUCAAGGGUUAAAACAGGACUUGCAAAAUUGGAGGUCAAAAUUGGACACACAAGCUAAGAUGUACCACAGUGAACUCUCAGAGCUAAAGAAGACACUCAAUGUAGAAGUGGAGCAACUGAAAUCAGAAUUUCAAGAACUGAGGAACACACUUCAACAACAACAUGAGGACGUGACAACCAGUCUCAACAACUUGGGGAUUCAGGAUGCAUCCGAAGAAGUACAGAGAACACAAAAUCCUCCUGUCACGCAGAACAGAGAAGUUCAAACCCCCACAUUGCAGGACAGUAAGGAGAUUUAGCACCAGCUCGUUUUGGUUGGAAAUUUAAACUUUUUUUUGUCUGCAGCCUAGUGGAUGUGAUAUUCUCUAUGUGAACUAUAUUUUUGGUUAAUCGAUUGUGGGCAUUUUAUGCUGCGUUUUUUU